AUGCAACUGGUUUCGGAAAUUAGAAACAAUUAGCAAGAUCCUAACAUUUAAGCUGAGCAUCAUGUGCAUGAUUCGUCUUCAUUGAUAAAAAUAAAUGCAGAUAUUACAGAAAAUUAAAGGACUGUGGCCAUAUGGUGCUCAUUUUUUAUAAUCGUUGGCUUAUUGUAUGUGUUAACAUUUACAGUACCCGAUACAUUUGCUACAAUUUAUGAUAACAAUUUAAUUUAUGACUGUUCACACUUAAAAAAUAAUCCAAGUUUCUAAAAAGAUCCUUACUUGCGUUUUAUAUGCUACUAAUUUAACACUCAAGAUAAUAGAAAUUUUGGUGGAAUUGUAAGCGGAAUGUCAAGAAUGAAUUAAUUUUUAAUAGUUAGACUGGUUUUAAAGAAAUAACCUUAUGAUGUUUAGAAUGACAUCUAAAUGUAUGGCAAAUUCACUGGUCAUUUCUAUGAAUUAAACGAUGAUUAUACUAUUGACUCCAGAACAGACACAAAAAAAGGUCAUUAAUUUACUGCGAACUGUCCUAGUGGAAGUGUUUUUUGUGAUGAAAUAACUUUAAUUUAUCAUUCAAAAAUCGACCAUUCAAAUUAUGCAUUUGUUGUCCAUUUUGAUAGUGAUUUUUAAUGGGAUCUAAGUCCCUAAAUAGCUUUCUAACAUGAAUAUGUUAAUUCUGAUUAUACAAGCUUCCUUCUUGCUUUAAGAUAUACAUGUGUAAUAGUUUCUAUUAUUAUGACUAUCGCUUAUGUAAGAAAACUACAAAGAAUAAGUUAUUUUCACUGGGUUAUAGAGUAGCGUUUGAUUGUCCUUCUAAGUGGACUACUUAUUUUAUUUAACAAUCCUUUUUAUGCUACAACUAUUUUGAUACCUAAUAUGGCUUCAGCUUUUUUCGAUGUUUUCUUUUUAGUUAACUUUUUUGUCUGCCUUUUGGUAUUCUUUUUAGUAAUAUUAGAUAGAGUUAUAAAUGAAAAUGGAUAGAAGCUAUCUAAAGCCCUAGAUAAAAAAAAAAUAAUAUUUGCAUUUGUCAUUUAUAUCUUUUUACUUCUUACUUAUAUUGGUUUUUCUUACAACCACUUAGAUGAUCCUUAUACAAGCUUUUAAGAUUCAUUUGGAGGAUUUUAUGAUUUUUGCAAAUGGACUGGUGUAGUGAUAUUAGUUGCAUAUUUCCUCUACAUAAUUUACCUUUAUUACUGGGUAUUUAAAAGUUACAAUACAUUGAUCUGGAGAAAUAGGUUAUUUUCCUUAUUUUCAAUGUACUAUAUAGUUUGCUGUGCCUUGUUUGCUUUCAGUGGUUCUAUGGAUAUUUAUGGAUCAGUCGGUGGAAGAGCUCUCCUUUUUAUAACUAUUUUGAAUCUCUAUGUUUAUUACCUACAUUAUAUGUAUAGCUUUUCACCUUAAGGUUAUUAAGAGGCAUAGCAGAUAAUUAACUUAGAAGUUGGUAACAAGCCAUAAAUAUAUGAAGUUUUAGAUGACAGUUUGCAUGGUAUAGAUAUAGCAAGUCAAUAAGGAGAUCAUUAAAAUAUCUAGAAAUAAAAUAUUAACAAUCAGGAAUAAAUGUUAGCAUAAGACAUAUUUUAAUAGCAUUAACAAUUUAAUACCAAAAAGAAUGGAUAAGAGCAAGAAAUGUAAAAUUAUGCAAGCAAUAAAACACCAGAGAAAGCCCAUAAUUUUGAAUAAGAAUUUGCGAAUAACAGUAAUGAACAUCAAUCUUAGUAAAUAAAAGCAGAAACAGGAUAACAUAAAAACUCGAAGAGUAACGAAAAAUAUCAUAAGUAAAACGAAGAAGGCGAAAGCUAAGCAGAAAAUGGAGAUUUAGUUUUAAAUUUUGAUAAAGAUGAAGAGGAAGAAGAAUAUUGA